AUGGCUAGCACCGUCUAUCUGCUGCCGCUCACGGACGGCGGCGCCCCUGACGUGCCCGGCACCUACAUCUACCUGCCACCUCCCACCGACCCGGCAUACAUCAUCCGCUUUGCCAUUGAAGGCGCGAGCUCGAUAUGCCGCGAAGGCAGCCUCUGGGUUAACAUCCCCGCCGAGGGCGAGGAGUUCCAGCGGGAUCGCUUCCGCGAGUUCAAGCUCCGCCCCGACUUCAACGGCACCAUUGAGAUCGACUGCCCCAUCCACAAGGCUGGCGCCUUCGCCUUCUACUCCACCUUCACUCCCCUGCCUGACUUUUCGCCCUAUCCGGUCACCGCGCCGAAGCCGACAAAGACACCUACCUACUACAUCGAUGUCUGCCCCAAGCUUACGCUCAACGACCGGCUGAUAAAUCUCGACUCGCUGUCGAUCUUUUCCGUCAUCUCCAAGUUCAUGGGUAAGUAUCCCGAGGACUGGGACAAGCACCUCCGUGGCAUCAGCCAGAGAGGCUACAACAUGAUCCACUUCACGCCCUUGAUGAUGAGGGGAAACUCGAAUUCCCCGUACAGCAUCUACGACCAACAUCAUUUCGACAAAGCCCUUUUCCCGAACGGAGAAGCGGACAUUGCCGAAUUGGUCAGCAAGAUGGAGCAUGAGUACAACCUCUUUGCACUGACCGACGUUGUCUGGAAUCACACGGCCAACAACAGCAAGUGGCUCGAGGAGCACCCCGAGGCCGGCUACAACUGCGAGACUGCGCCUCAUCUUCGGUCGGCCCUCGAGCUCGAUGACGCUUUGCUCGACUUUGGUUCCAAGCUUGUCGAGAAAGGCCUCCCGAACGAUCUGAAGAGCGUCGAUGAUUUGAAAAAGGUCAUGGAUGCCGUCAAGUCCGAUGUCAUUGACCCUCUCAAGCUCUGGCAAUUCUACGUCGUCGACGUCGCGAGAGACACCAAGGAGAUCGUCAAGGCCUGGACCGAGGGCGAAAUCACAUUCCCAGAGGGCGGCUUCGGCAAGCUCGGUGUCGGCGGUCUCGAGGAGGUUAAGAACUGGUCCCUGAAGCAGAAAGCUGAUUGGCUGAUCCAACACGCGCUUUCUGGGGGGGACAGGCUCGGUGCGCGGUUUGAACGAAAGGUCGACGCGCGCACCGGUGCUGCGCUCCUGGCAGCCUUGUUCGGCCGCUACGACAGCAAAAACCACAGCACCCCGGACGAACGUGCUGCGCAGGGUACAAUUAACAAGUUCCUGGACGAGAUGAACCUGCAGUUUUACCGGGAGUUCGACGGUGAUGUCGCAACCAUCAUGGAACAGCUGCACAACCGCAUCAAGUACGUCCGUCUCGACGACCAUGGCCCCAAGCUCGGCCCCAUCACGGAGCGGAGCCCCUUGAUCGAAUCGUACUUCACAAGGCUCCCCAAAAACGAGACGACCAAGCAGCACAGCCCAGAUGCCCUCGCGCUUGUCAACAACGGCUGGAUCUGGGCUGCCGAUGCCAUGAAGGACAACGCUGGUCCGCAAUCUCGCGCCUACCUCCGCAGAGAGGUCAUCGUUUGGGGCGACUGCGUCAAGCUGCGAUACGGCAGUGGCCCGCAGGACAACCCGUUCCUUUGGGACUUUAUCGCCAAGUACACUCGCCUCAUGGCGAAGUACUUCGUUGGUUUCCGCAUCGACAACUGCCACUCGACUCCCAUCCACGUGGCCGAGUACAUGCUUGACGAGGCACGCAAAGUCCGCCCCGACCUGGUCGUCGGCGCUGAGCUUUUCACCGGCUCCGAAGACAUGGACUUCGUCUUCUGCAAGCGCCUUGGAAUCAGUUUCCUCAUCCGGGAAGCUAUGCAGGCAUGGAGCACGCAAGAACUCAGUCGUCUUGUGCACCGCCACGCCGGCAUCCCGAUUGGAAGUUUCGAGCUCGACGAAGUCAGCAACGCAGACGCCUCUGCCCAGACGAAUGGCGCCGCCACUCGCGAAGUGAUCCGAAGAAUCAGACAGAGCCCAGUCCACGCUCUCUUCAUGGAUUGCACACACGACAAUGAGGUUCCAGCCCAGAAGCGCGAUGCUCGCGACACGCUUCCCAACGCCGCCCUCGUGGCCAUGUGCGCCUGUGCAACCGGCAGCGUCAUGGGAUACGACGAAAUCUAUCCUCAGCUCAUCGAGCUUGUCCACGAGACCCGAUCGUACUCAUCGCCUUACUCAACUUCAGGCGAGCUCAAGGUCCAAGCCGACGAGGGUGGCAUCGGCAACAUCAAGAAGCUCCUGAACCAGAUUCAUGUCCUCAUGGGCCAGGAAAACUACGACGAGACGUUCAUCCACCACGACCGAGAGUACAUCACGGUCCAUCGCGUGCAUCCCAAGACCCGGAAAGGAUAUUUCCUGAUUGCGCACACUGCCUUCCCAGGCUACGGAGGCGGCAACGGCGGCUUCCCGCCAGUCCAACUCCCAGGAACGCAAGCAAACCUCAUUGGAAGCUGGUUCCUCGAGGUUGAGGAUAGCCAAGAUGUCAAGGCUCGGGUCAUGGGGGACAAGAAGAGCCUUCGUGGACUUCCCAGCCGGACUAAGAAUCUCCAGGGUGUCAAGAUUGAAUGGUCAGACGCGGAGACGAAGAUUACGAUUCCAGACUUUUUCCCCCCCGGAAGCAUCGCCCUGUUUGAGACGUCGGUCCCAAGUUGCGAGCAUUCCGACGGCCUCGAUGUGUUCGUCACCAGCGGCGCCAAAGACGCUUUCAAGGAGUGCAGUCUUCUCGACCUUAACCACAUCCUCUACCGCUGCGAUCCCGAAGAACGCGACUACAGCGGUGGCAACGACGGCACUUACACGAUUCCCGGACACGGAACCCUUGUCUACGCCGGCCUGCAAGGAUGGUGGAGUGUCCUCCGCGACGUGAUCCGCUACAACCAGCUGGGCCACCCUAUCUGCGACCAUCUGAGACAGGGCCAGUGGGCGCUGGACUAUUGUGUCGGCCGUCUUGAGCGUCUCGCAAAGUUGCCGGAGUACUCGAAGCUCCAGGGCCCGGCCGCUUGGCUGAAGGAGCGAUUCGAUGCGAUUCGCAAGAUACCCAGCUUUAUGCUGCCCCGAUACUUUGCCAUGACUAUUCAAACAGCGUACAACGCGGCGGUCGACCGGUCGAUUGAGCUCUUGAACGACAACGUCCGCAACGGCCAGAAAUUCCUGCAAAGCCUGUCGCUGGUCAGCAUCCAGGUCACCGGACACAUGAAUAACGCUUCGCUGUGGCCCGAAAAGAGCGUGCCGAGCAUGGCUGCCGGCCUCCCGCACUUCGCUUCCGACUGGGCUAGGUGCUGGGGCAGAGAUAUCUUCAUCUCUCUCCGUGGGCUGUACCUGGGCACCGGACGCUACGCCGACGCCAAGGAACACAUUUUGGCAUUUGCGAGCGUCGUCAAGCACGGGAUGAUCCCCAACUUGCUCAGCAGCGGGAAGCUUCCGCGCUACAACUCUCGCGACUCGGUUUGGUUCUUCCUGCAAAACAUACAGGACUACACGAAGAUUGUGCCCGAUGGCCGCAACCUUCUCCAGGAGAGCGUGAAGAGGAGAUUUCUGCCGUACGACGAUACUUGGUUCCCCCACGACGACGCCAAGGCCUACUCUCAAUCUUCGACGAUCGAGGAUGUGAUUCAGGAGUGCUUGCAGAGGCAUGCUUCGGGCAUGUCGUUCCGCGAGUACAACGCCGGGCCGGAUCUGGAUCGCCAGAUGAAGCCGGAAGGAUUCAACAUCGAGAUCCACCCCGACUGGAAGACCGGUCUCAUCUUUGGCGGAAAUCAAUGGAACUGCGGCACGUGGAUGGACAAGAUGGGCGAGAGCGAAAAGGCUGGCAACAAGGGCUACCCCGGAACGCCGCGUGAUGGAGCGGCCAUUGAGAUUACGGGUAUGCUGUACAGCACUCUGAAGUGGGUGAAGGAACUCCACGAGGAAGGCAAGUACAAGUACGACGGUGUGGACAUUGAAGGUGGGCGGAUCAGCUUCGGCGAUUGGGCGGCCAAAAUCAAGGAGCAUUUCGAAUGGGCCUACUACGUUCCUCGGGAGGCGUCGGAAGACAAGGAUUACGAUGUGAACCCUAGCAUCGUCAACCGUCGCGGCAUCUACAAGGAUCUGUACAAGUCGGGCAAAGAGUACGAGGACUACCAGCUGCGGCCGAACUUCCCGAUUGCCAUGACGGUGGCGCCGGACCUGUUCGACCCGGAGAAGGCUCUGUACGCGCUGCACCUGGCGGACACGGCGCUGCGUGGGCCUACCGGAAUGGCGACGCUGGACCCGUCGGAUCUCAACUACCGGCCCAACUACAUCAACAGCGAUGACUCGACGGACUUCCACACGGCAAAGGGCCGCAACUACCACCAAGGACCGGAGUGGCUGUGGCCGACUGGAUUCUUCCUGCGCGCGUUCUUGAAAUUCGACCUGAUGCGCCGCAAGACGCCGGAGGAGCGGGUGGAGACGUUCCAGCAGAUCACGCGUCGCCUGCGCGGAUGCAUGGAUGCCAUCAAGGAGAGCCCGUGGGCCGGACUCACGGAGCUUACUAACAAGGACGGGUCGUUCUGCGGAGAUUCGUCACCCACUCAGUCAUGGUCUGCCAGCUGUCUCAUCGACCUGUACCAGGACGCGAAGGAGUUUGGAGAGGAGUUUGCAAAGUCGGAGUGA